AUGACACCGCAUCAAGGUCGGGCCAUCGACACGGUGAAUUUUCGCAACGUGAAAGAUUCCCAAUCGUCUAUGGAUAUGGGCAACUCGAAUUCCAGCUCCAAUGGUCUGACAAUGCACUCGGGCAACACGAACGGAGCUAGUGGAAAAGGGGGAGGGGCAGGAGCAGGAGCGAAAGACAGUGGCGGCAGCAGCGGCGUGCCCGGUGGUGUAGGCGGUGGUCUCGGUAAGGGGGGCGUGACGAAGGAUGGCGCGCUGGGCAUCCCCGCCGCGGGACUGAAGGGCGUGCCGCUUGAUAGCGGAUUGGCGACGCCUGGAGGCGAGAUAGUGGAUCCGUUUGAGGAGUUCAAUAGCGUUACGUUGCAUCAUGCCGGAGAUGGGGGGAUGGUUGCUAGCUUGGGUAGGGGCCCAGAGGACGCCGCUGCGGGUGUGCUGUGCUGCGGAUGGCUGAAAGCAAAGAAGGGGUUGCUGGCUGGCAAGGAGAAGGGGCGCAAUAUAUCGCCGAGGGGGGGGGGAUAUAGUGACGGCAAGCAAGAAAAAGUUGGCCAUGACACGAGCUGGUGUGAGAGAGAGAGCGGAUGGGAUGUUCAAUGA